CGCCAAGCGAUUAGUCGCCUUGUCGGUCAUAAAUUAUACUACUCAUAUAGCCCCACCACCGUAAAGCAAAGCAAAAAUACUUUCCAUUUCUUACUCUCGUCUCCAACGCCUAAUCUCAAUUCUUGAAUCUGUCAAUUUGUGUGCAUGUAAUUUUAUUUUUUUCCUCUUUCCGAUGGAGCAUUUCAGAUCUAAAUCGUGCAGGGAAGGGAGGAUAGAGAUGGAGGGAUACGAUGAAGACAAAGCAGCACCGACAAACAUGCAAGAUUUGAGGUCUUAUAGUGUCAGCUACGCGGUUUCUGUACAGCCAAAUCAAUCGGGAAAAGAAGGGAAGAUGAAGAAAGGGAAAAGUAAUCUUGAGUCAUCUUCAAAAAGCUGGAGUUUCAAUGAUCCCGAGCUACAAAGGAAAAGAAGGGUUGCUAACUACAAGGUCUAUGCGAUAGAGGGCAAGAUGAAAGGGUCCUUAAGGAAGAGCUUUAGAUGGAUCAAGGACACUUGCACCCAGGUGGUCUAUGGAUGGAGGUGAUGGGUGACUACUUCUCCCUCCCUCCCUUCUCUCUCAUAAGCCUUUCUGAAGAAAUUGUUUCAGUGUGUGAGCUGUUUUAUUUUGAAUGAUGAGAGAUGAACAUAAACAUAUUUAUUGUAUUUUCUCUUUUGAGAAUCUUAAAUGCCAUUAUUUUUCGUAAGUAGUAUACUUUCUUCUUUUUGCUCGAAGGAAGCCAAAUCUAUGGAUUGAGUUUUAUGUGUA